AUGGCCAAACUCAUAACCUGUCUUCUCUUUCUCACCAUUCUCUUCUCUUUCAUCUUUCUCACAAUGUCAAAAGAAGCAGAGUACCAUCCAGAAAAAUAUGGAUCAGGAAGUCUGAAAUCAUUCCAAUGUGGAGGAGAAUGCACAAGGAGGUGCAGCAACACGAAGUAUCAUAAACCAUGCAUGUUCUUCUGCCAGAAGUGUUGUGCUAAAUGCCUUUGUGUCCCUCCAGGCACUUAUGGCAACAAACAAGUGUGUCCAUGUUACAACAACUGGAAGACUCAACAAGGUGGACCAAAAUGUCCAUAA